AGAAAAUCACAUUACAAAAGCUUAUUCACAAUCUGAUUAAAUGGUUUGCUUAUAAAACGGUAACAAAAUAGACCAAAACAAAAUUUAGCUGUUUUAUUUACUCUUAAUCUUAUGAGCAACACUCACAGGCGGAGACACAACACAACAUACCAUUUUGAUGAAUAAAUUAUUACAAUUGUUAAAUACUAUAAAUGUAUUAUUAUGUUACAUUUUUUAGAAAAUGUAUUUAAGAUCGUUUCACAAUGUCCUUUACCAGCAUUUAAUUUUCCGCAAGUGUCAAUGCAAGUUGGAGCAAUUUUAUAAAAAUGAUCAAAUACUUUUUCGACACAUCAAUAUCUCCUUUUCCCGGUUUGGCAAGACAGUUUUUAGCGACCUAAGGCUUUCUCGACAAAUAUUUAAGCCAGGAUUGGACUAUAUUCGAUACUAUGGAAAUUCAAGCGGACCGUUGGCAUGGGUUGUUGGACAACUCGAAAAGCAAUGUCAGUUUGGCCCACGAUAAUAUACUGACGAAAGGUCGGUGCUCUUCGGUGAUUCGCGAAUACUGGACACAUUGGAUCACGCUAUCUGUCUUAAUGUUCGCCAUGUACUUUGUGAUCUGCAUGUAUUUAGAGUGGUCGUACUACGUAAAGCGCAGAGAAAACUCCGCCGAUUGGAAGUGCCAGCCAACCAAAUGGCCAAAACGAAGCGCUCGGCUGAACGAAAUCAAACACAGUCUCACCGCGCUGACGACCAUCACUGCCACGGUAUCAGUUUAUUCCACAUACAUAGCCUGUGGGGGACACAGUUCACUUUACUUGGACUUUGACGCUUACCCUCGGACGUGGUGGAUUGUUCAAUGGCCGCUGAUACACAUUACCACGGAUUACAGUAUAUAUUGGUUGCACCGAAUGUUUCAUACACGGUUUCUGUACAAACACGUACAUGCCUACCACCACAGAUAUAAUCAACCUAACCCGUGGAACGCGUUUGCAGUACACCCUAUUGAAAUCAUAACCAACGCAUUAGCUGAGAUAGCACUGUUGUUCGUAGUACCAAUACACUGGCUUCCUUACGCCGCGGUUUUGGGUUACUCCGCAUACCAGAACAUCAUCCAACAUUCUGGCAUCGAUUUCAAACCAUCGUGGUGGGAAAUUGGGAAACCAGACGUAAUGUUCCACGAUUAUCACCAUUUAAACAGCAGAGUCAACUUUGGUUCAACCUGCUACGUGUGGGACCAAAUUCAUGGUACCAUGAGUAAAUCGAAUAACCAGUCUUCGAAAAAGUCCAAGGACCCUUCGGUAGUUGAUCCGUCGUCGGUCAAUAAGUAAACGUUUGUUAAGUAUAUUUGGUGGAAAUAUGAACAAAAAAUCUUACUAGAACUUGAUUUUAUCCGACUUAGUGUUGGUAUACAUUUUACGUUAAUAUUUAUUUAUGUUGCUGAAUAGAUGGUUUAAAUUUAAAAAAUAUAUACACAUAUACAGGGUGAUCCAACUAAUGUAAGACACUCAUUUUCUCUGAAAAUAUGAAUAUUUUGAGAAUUUUUU